ACUAAUGCAUUCAUGGGGGAAUUUAAUUACAUAAUAAUAUGUAUGGCAAGGCUUCAGCGUUCUAAAAUCAAGAUAAUAUGAAUGUGUUUUGUAGGUUUUGUAUUUACGAGCAGAUAUUUACUAUCUUGACUGCAUAUUUUAACAUAACAUAAUAUACGGAAGGUAUAAAACUGUGAUAUCCUGCGCUUCGUAUUGCGUCUUUCAGCGAGCAUGGAGUACAAAAUGAAGGUAGACGAGCCAUCUUUAUCUAUGGAUAAUUAUGAAUUAAUUCUUCAGCCCUGUCUGGAACUUGUUUGUGGGAUGCUUAAUAUAAAUUUGGACACACACACGGAUUGCCCUAUCGAUUUAGCAGACUUUGGAGCAUGCGAGGGACACACAUUCCUUCCGUUUCUAAAAUUGGUGAUUGAACAUAUUCGAAGAUCGUCUAAAUCGCGAGAAAUCGUGGUGACUUUAAACGAUCAACAUACAAAUGAUUUCAACGCCUUAUCGAGGAAUAUAAAAGCUUUCCAGGGAGAAAUGAACGACCCUCUUCUCCGAAUAUGCAUCAUCCCAGGGAAUCUUUAUAGACAGUGUUUGCCCAAUUCCAGCAUUGAUUUAGGCAUUUGUUCUUUUGUGACACAUUGGUUAUCUGGACCCAUAAAUCUGGAGAAACAUCUUUUAUAUAUUCCGGGUGAAACGGAAAAGGAAGCAGAAGUCAAGCGUACUUCCGCUCAGGACUGGAUGGAUUUUCUAAUAGCAAGAUCCAUGGAGAUGAGGGAAGGUUCUGUUUUCCUUGUCAAUGCCCCCUUCGGGGGUUCAGAAGCCUGGAGUAUAAUAUCUGAUGAGUUUUAUCAACUACAUGCAAGGAAUAUGAUAUCGAAGGAAGAUAUGCGUAACACCAACAUACCACUUAACACAUUUAGGACAGAGGCUGAAUUCAGAGCACCAUUUGAGGAUAGUACACAAGAGUUGGGACUUCAGCUUCUGCACAUCUCAAGAAGACCAGUCAAGUUGUAUGAAAACAGGAACAUCGUGAGCGGAAUUAAACCAUGGAUGUAUUACAGUUUAGUAACUGGACUUGGCAAGACAAGAAAAGCCCAGGAAGUUCAGGAAAUCUGUGAUAUAUAUUUCCGAAACUUAGAGCAUCACUUCUCAGAUUGGAAAUCGAUUGAUUUUAUUAUUUUUGAUGUAAUGUUUCAGAAACUAUGACAAUAUCAGAGAAUGUUCCUAGGUUUAUAGUAGGAAUUACAUAUGUUUGUAUUACUUAAUGAUAAACAUGUAAAACUUAUACGGUACCAAUUUUGAUACAAGAGAUGCGCAUUUCGACAAAUAAUGUCUCUUCAGUGAUGCUCAACCGAAAUGUUUGAAAUCCGAAAUAACUAUGAAGUUUUAGAUCUAAAUAUAGCCAAAAACAACGUGCCAAACAAGUGGAGCCAAAUUCGUCCAAGGAAAAGAGCUAUGCAUGAGGGAGAUAAUCCUUAAUUUUGAAAUGAAUUUCUAAAUUUUAUAACAGCAAUUAAAUAUACAUCCGUAUUUUCAAGCUAGUAACGAAGUACUUAGCUACUGGGCUGUAGAGACCCUCGGGGACUAACAGUCCACCAGCAGAGGCCUCGACCCAGGGGUCAUAAUGUAAAACUUAUACGGUACCAAUUUUGAUGCACCAGAUGCGCAUUUCGACAAAUAAUGAAAGGUGAAGAUAACGAACGGUGAUCAAUCUUAUAACUCCUAUAAACAAUACAAAAUAGAGAGUUGGGCAAACACGGAUCCCUGUACACAUUAGAGGUGGUAUCAGGUGCCUAGGAGAAGUACGAAUCCCCUGUCAAACUGACCAUACGCAUAUCGAAUCAGUUGAGAGAUAUAAACACCAUAUGCAGAUGAUAAUGGAAUAUUGCUACAUAAAUACGGGAAGUUGACGAUGGAGAAUCUGAAAUAAUUCCGUUUGUCAUAACGUUGAGUUGUUAGUUUGCCGUUAAUAGCUACUUUCAAUAGAAUAUCUAAAUUGAAGCAGAAGUGGACGACUCUGGUGUCUUUUAUUUCGAGCUCACAGGGAUAUGUCGAAUCGACAUAUGUAUGAAAGUUAUUAUUGUUAAUAGAUAAAACGUCGUCAAUAUAUCAAAAUGUUGAAUUGAGGGCCAGAGCAAGAGAUGUGUUUUUUUUCUUCUCAGGUAGAAGGUUUUAAAUAAAUUCUGCUUCAUAGGAAUAUAACAAAAGGUCAGCUAACAAAGGAGCACAAUUUGUGCCCAUGGCAAUUCCAGCAAAGACCUGAUCACCAAAGAUCACGGACAUAUUGUUAAUUAGGAACCCCUGCAUAUUUCUUUAUUUCAGUUUUGAGUACUAGUGCAUGGACUCAGAGUGGUGUUUAACAAAGUCAUUUUUGGAUGACUGAUCACUAGAUAUGAAUCUUUGUCUUUUCCAUUUUUGUUGAAGAAGUAACUGUUGAUGAUGUCAAAAAUUCUCUAGUUUUUAAUUUGCGGCGGCGUAGAAAGGCCAAAUUAAAAAAACAUUUUCGUUAUUGUUACGAAUUAGCAAUUUGUUCACACGAAUUAUCAAAUUGUUCCGAUUAAUCACCAAACUGUUCUGACGAAUUAGCAAUUUGUUCGAACGAAACAGAAAUUUGCUAGGACGAAUUACUAAUUCGUUCGGACGAUUAUAUACGCAAUAUAUCUAUCAAGAAUCAUACAUAUAUUGUUUACAACUACAAAGUUGUUAUCUUUACAAUUUGUAAAGAUAUCAAAGGCGAAAAUAUUGGAAAUGUAAAUAUAUCAAUAGUGAUAUUAUUCUUUCUUUGAAAACUAUAUGUAUUGUAUGCAAAUGACUUACAGGGGGCAGCAAAACACAAUUAAAAAUAUGUAUGUUUG